AUGCAAAAUAAAUCAUUUAAAGAUAUUUUAGGUUUAUUAGUAGUUAAAGUCUCACUAGUUUAAAAACCUACAAAAGGAAACAAAGAUGAACCAAUUCAUUAUGGAGUCAUUGUAACAACAACCGAAAAAUAAGAAAAAUACUUACUUCAUAAUGGAUAUAAAUUUGGAAAAAUUUAAGAUUUUAUUUUAACAAGCGCACAAAAUCUUAGCAAUGAUUGGAUGAUCACUUAAGAUUAUGAAUUAGAGGCACCAAUAAAAUUAAAUGUAUUAUUUUAAGCUGGAUGCUGCGGGCAAAAUAUGAGAUAUCAUCCUUAAAUGAAUAACAGCAAGCAUGCUUAAGAUAGAAUAGCCAAAAUGGUUAAUGAUAUAAUUAACUCUAAAUAAAAUAUAGCCUGA